AUGAACAUAAACGAAAUAAUCCUCAAACAACGGAAGAUUGAUUUUGUAGAGUGUAUCGAACAAGUAAAUAGGUGGAAAGGCUUUGUAAUGGGAUUCCAGUGGUUUUUUUUGUUGUUGUUGUUCUCUUUUGUGUGUGAUUGGCUGUUUACAAGUGGCGAUGAUAGUUUAAAAGAAAUUAAUGAUACCAAACUGCUUGGUCCAGUGAUCCAAAAGAACAGAGUGGCUGAAGCAGUCGUUACAUGGAUUGCAACUACUACUGAAAAUCGUGUUGCAUCAUCAAUAGCAGUAACAUGGAUAGCGCAGGUGGUACCUGCACAAGCAUUAGCGCGACAAGUUAUUCUUACCUCAACCGUUCGACAACAGCUGAAACAAGAACGCCAUGGCAUACAAACCUCAAUUGAGUUUGCAGCUCGUUUGUCGCGACUCCAAAACAGUAGUAGUCGAAUCAAUGAAGACUUCAAAAAAGAAGAAAACCUCAGUGUUUUACCAAGAAACAAAAUGGAAGUAAAAACGGCAUUUAACGCAUUUGAUGAGUUUGAUGAAGCAGAAGACACUCAUUUUCUUUAUUACAUUGCUGUAUUUUGUGCUAUUAUUGUUUGCGUAUACUUUGCAUCACACAACAAAAACAAGAUUCUUGGUUUCAUUAUUGAAGGACGUAGAUCUUCAAACAGUGCAAGACGAACAACUCUUCGUUAUAAACGUUUGAGCCAGCAUGAUCAUAGUGGCUCUGAUCUAUAA